CAAGUAAGUCAUCUUGAUCAACACAACUCAUCUUCUACUCCACUUUAAAACCUUUUUUUCUCCACAUAGAUAAUCAUUCAGCUUAUUUUAACCCCUGAGUAACCUUCAUAACGAUUUUUAGAAGUCUAAAAAGACCAAAAAUGCCAACGGGGAGGUCAAGAUCGAAGAGGUAUAGCUCAGAAUACAAGAGUCAUUACAAGAAGUUUGAGUCAAAGCGUCCCAACACAGUCAAGGGAGAGCUCACAAGAUCAAUCAUUCCUAACGACAUACAGAGUAUUUCAUCAACUCCAAGGGCAGGGCUCCAGUCAACACAACUUGGAGUUAUUCAUGAACCGCCAUUACAAAGAAAACGAAUAGUUCCUUAUGAGAAAAAUCAUAAUAUAUUUCCAACUGGCACUAUAAAAGAGCUGCAAGACAGGGAAUGGCUGGAUGUCGACAAUACUUCAAGAACUGAACGAGUACCUCCAUCAAGACAUAAGGAGACUCAUGCAUCAAUGAAAGCCAAAAGUAGUGACCUUCAUAGAACAGAGUCUCCAAUUCUUGCUGCUGAAAAGAAAAUAUUGAGAAACACAGCAGAAAGACCAAGAGGAUAUCCAUAUGUACCUGAUGGAGUCAAAAGAAGAAGCACCUAUGAUCAAGACUUUGGGGCGAAUGGACGCAAAAGCAAGACUACCAACAGAAGUAAAAUUGAAAAAUCCCCAAUAAGAGGUAUUACUCCAGAUCGCAUGGCUCCUGCUGGCAUACAAACGAUGACAAGUAUUGGAGACAAAAGACUCAUACAACCUUCUGAUAACUCACAGUACUUGAAAUCACCUGAGAGAGAAGAUGCCAGGGUAUUUGACUCAGAAUAUAGCAGCCGAUUUAAGUAUGUUGAUGGAGCGUGGAUUGAGUCUCCAGAAUUCCAAGGCCGUCCAAGCCCUGUUAAGAACAAAUUGGAUUGGUACAAAGAGGCCAUUACAAGACGUAAUGAGGCAUAUGGUUAUGCAAAGCAAGCAAGAGGAACACACUUUUCUCGAGAGGAACUUGAUCAUCAGAAUCGACUAAAUGCCCAAUAUCUUGAUGAUCAUGAAGAUUCUGUGUCAUCAGUCUCUGAAACCUCUGUCAGUCAUUCUUCCAAAAAGAAUAAAAGGACAAAUGGAAAUGCACACAAGGAAGGAAAAAGAGAAAAUGAGRAAAUGAGGAAACAUGUCAUCAAAGAUGAGAGACCACCACCAAGAAGAGAAGCUUGGGGGAAAAGACCACCUUCACCAGUAGAGUCAGAUAGGUCAUUUUCAACUUCUUACUCAGGAACAACAGAAACUACAGCAGAUCAAUUCUUUCUUGAGCGAGGCCGUUCACCAACCCCAGAACUACGAGAAACUGGACAAGCAAGGAGACACCAUUAUGAUAUGACCACCAACAUCCUGAACGAAAAGCUAAGAAAAUCUCUUACAUUUUCAGAUGAAAAGAAAAAAGGUCCUGUAAAUGGACAUCAUAGACAGACAGUUCCUUUGAGUGUGAGAAGUCAAGAUGGAUCAUACGUGGCAAAACACAGAGAUGAUGAUGUUAUGUCAGAGGUGUCUAUGGCUAGCCGUGCAUCAACGGCAUCCAAAAUGCUGGAGAAAGCUAGAGAAAGGAGAGAUAACUUUUGGCAUAAGGAAAAUGGACAAUACGAAAACUAAAGCAGAGGGGUCCUCAGUUCUCGAUUAACUAAAGAUCCCAAAAUCCAGAGUCCCUUGGUUUAUGAAUUCCACUUCGCUUAUUCCAUAUAGGUCGAGGUCGGGUUCCGUUCCAAGUCUAUUUAGGGUUGUUUUCUGUAUAUAAAAGUUUUAAAAUGUGAUUUACAUUAUAAUUUUAACCUGUCUGUUGUUGUGUAACUGGGUUUUUUAGUAAUUUUAUUAAAAACAAAAAAAUAAAAAUGAA